AAUGUAUCUCCUCCCAUUUGAACUUUGGAAACCCUGCUGUGGUAAAGCGUUCCCAACAUGUGUAGUCAUUCUUUCUGUUCUACACCACUUCUGCCUUCAAACCGUGCUCUUCAGAUUCAGUACUACAGGAGCGAUGCUGCUGCUGUGGAUAGCGUUAUCUCUCACAUGGCCUGGCACAAUCGGCUUUACGAUCCACAGCAUGAAGGAAGGUCUGUGUCUAGAGGACUCAUCUGAAGGAGUUGUUGAGUUAAGAACAUGCAGUCUGGACUCAGUCCUGCAGCAGUGGAAGUGGACAGAUUACUGGUUUCUAGUAAACGCAGGCACCCAGAGGUGUCUCUCUGCCGUGCACACAGACCCAGUCCAGACUAUCACCUGUGAUUCUGGUGAACAUAUCAAAUGGCAGUGCAAAGCUCAACAGCUCAUCAGCCUGCAAAACUCUUUGGCAUUGAGCACAGAGAGAGGAAAUGUCAAACUGAACACGGGUGAACACGACACAUGGAAAUCUCUGGAUGCGGGCGACAUCUGCCAGAAUAAACAGAGAUCCAGAAGAGACAGCGAUUUAGAGACGGAUGAGUUUGACUUUGAAGAAGGGCCGCCUGCACCGAGAAUGACAGAGGCACAGAUGAAGUUUUUACAGUGGUAUUACCGCACAGAAAACCCAACACCGUGGAAGUUUGGCAUGCUGGCAUUUGCUUUUCUGGGUCUCCUGAUCGGCGCAGUGCUGUGUGUCAUGGGCGUGAUGGCUAAUAGGAACAGGAAGAAAAUAGCCAAAUACAAAGUAGCCUCAAAAGUCACAGACAUGAAAUCUGAAAUGGAGGAGCUGCAGGUCAUCAUCACUGAUAAGGUCACAGAGGUCAAAGAAGAGAAAACCCAUUUCACCCCAUCCGAACACAUUACUACAUACAACAGCCAUAAGGAUUGGGAAGAGCCUUCAUUCGACAGCAAAACCUCAGAGGGACCGAAGCCUGGAGAAAUUAUGGUGACCUGGAGAGAUGGGAAUGUGUCUACUUUGUAUCCUGAACCUGCAGAGGAAGAACAAGGGGAAAAGGAUGUCUACAAAACAGAUGGAGAGACUAUGUCCCAAAACUGCCCCCAAGCAAUAGCAUCAUCUGACACAAUAGCAUUUUAAUUUAGCCUGUUUGUGUUCAUUUUCUCACCUGGGCUAUAACCACAGGGAGGGAUGUGCACAUUCAAAAUCCUUUCGGAAAUUUCCAAUUAAUAUUUACAUUAGCACCCAAUAGUUAUUAUAAGAUUAUUUUUUAAAUGUUUUAAAAGAACUGAUAUAGAAAACAUUUUAAAUGCAGAUAUUACUGUUGUACUGUAUUUUGAUCAAAUACAAGGCUCUCUUUGUGAGCAUUAGAGAUUUCUUUCAAAAACAUCAAAAACAUUAAUUAUUCUUUAUAAUAACUUUUGCCUGCCAGUGUAUAUUAUUGCACUUUUCCCCAGCCCAACAUAUAUGCUUACAGCCUUGGGUCAACCAACCAGCUUAAUGAUUACAUAAUAUAUUUACAAGUUUUAUAGUUUAUAUUUCAAAAGGCAAGUUUUACUAUUUGUUAUAAAA